CGGAAGCGCAGUAGGAGGCCGAGGCGGAGUCGGAGUCGGAGGUGGAGUCGGAGGCACAGUAGGAGGCGGAGUCGGAGGCGGAGGCGGAGUCGGAGACACAGGAGUCAGAGUCCGAGGCGGAGGCGGAGGCGGAGUCGCAGGCACAGUAGGAGGCGGAGGCGGAGGCGGAGGCAGAGAUGGAGAUGGAGGUGGAGGCGGAGUCUGAAGCAGAGGGAGAGACAGAAGCGGAGGCGAGGCUGAGGUGGAGUCUGAGGUGGAGGCCAACAAAUGUGGGGCACCUUAGUGUGUUCCCCAGUCCUCUUCUGGUGUGGAGGUGGAGGCAGAGGCAGAGGCAGCAGCAGAGGUGGAGGCUGAGGUGGAGGCAGAGGCAGAAGUGGAGGCCAGCAGGAGUGGGGCUGGUAGUUGGUUCUCCAGGAGGAUCAACCAUCCUGUGUGAGCUGCCAUGUUUGCACCAGGCUUCUCCAGGAAUCCCCGAGCAAGGCACAAGAGCAGUGAGGGCGGAGGCAGAUGUGGAGGCUGAGGCAGAGACCGAGGCAGAGGCUGUGGCAGAUGUGGAGGCUGAAUCGGAGGCAGAUGUGGAGGCUGAGUCAGAGGCAGAAGUGGAGGCUGAGUCAGAGGCAGAAGUGGAGGCUGAGUCAGAGGCAGAAGUGGAGGCCGAGACAGAGGCAGAAGUGGAGGCGAGCCAGAGUGGGGCGAAUUAGUUGGUUCUCCAGCAGGAUCCACCAUCCUGCGUGAGCUGCCAUGUUUGCACCUGGUUUCUUCAGGCAACCCCAGAGCAAGAUACAAGAGUAGUGAGGGUGGAAGUAGAGGCUGAGAGGAAGGCGGGGGUGGAGGCUGAGACAGAGGUGGAGUUGGAGGCUGAGGCCAAGUCAGAGGCAGAGGUGGAGGUGAGCAGAUGUGGGGCACAUUAGUUUGUUCCCCAGGGGGUAAGUCCUUUCUACCUACCUCAGGUUCAAUGAGUGUAUUUAAACACAAGGCAGCGCUGCCUUAAUAGACGGGAGCUCAGGGCUGGUGCUUCCUCCCCUCAUCCCCAUCUUACUCCUCUUCAGAUGCCAGGGAUCCCUAAAAAUUUGAUUUUUCUAAACCAUCAGUUUUUUUCUAUCCUAGCUGAUUAACCCGCCUGCGUGAGCUGCCACAUUUGUACCUGGUUCUACAGGAACCCCAGAGAAAGCUGCAAGAGCAGUUUGUGUAGAGGUGGAGGUGGGUGCUGAGGCGACGGUGGAGGCAGAGGCAGCACUGCAGCAGAGUUGGAGGCUGCAGCAGAGGUGGAGGCUGAGGCUGGGUAGGAGGCUAAAGCCAUGGCAGAGGCAAAAGUGGAGUAGAUCAACCAGCCUGCGUGAGCUGCCACGUGUGUACCUGGCUUCUCCAGGCAAACUCAGAGCAAGAAACAAGAGUAGUGAGGGCAGAGGCAGAGGUUGAGGCGAG